AUGAUAGCCCCUAUCGCCCUCCUUCUGGCUCUCCUAAGCCUCACACCCUCCGCCAUCGCCGGAGGAGACAAGCAAAGAUGUAGCCCCCUCAACAAAGACUACGAAAACUACGCCCAAAACAUCGGUAUGCGCUACAAGGAGGAGUGCAUCCGCGUCGGGCUUCACGUCUCCAACACGGGCGCCUGCAGGGUCUCGUGCGAUCACCUCCCCACCUACUACGAAUGGGCCAACAUCCAUCAGCUCGAAAAGACAGCGCGAAAGAAGGCGAGGUUGCAGGAGAGGGAGCGGGAGAAGCAACGGAUGGCAGCCCUCGCGAAGAAGCUUGGCCUUCCUCCUCUGUAUAAUACUACUACUCCUGAUCCAUCUCAGGCUUCUGCUCUCCCCGUGGCGACGGAAACUGCCAAGAUGGAAAUCGAGCCAACUUCUCCCGAGGAGCCUGCGAAGAACCCCUCUCCUCGUGGGAUCACAGCAGCACCGGCCCCUACCGCAGCAGCUCUCAAGAUGGCAAACACGCCAAUCAGACCCUGCAGGCCCGAGGAGAGCUCGGCUCAGGACUCCUUAUGCACCCUCGCACGCAGAGUCCCCCGCUACGCCAAAAUCCAAGCCGCGCUGUCGUCUUCACUGCAGGCAGCUGCGUCUACCCUCAACGCAAAAGCGUCGAACUACCGCGUCCUGCUGAACGACGCCAAAGCAACCGCCGUAGAUAAGACUGCUACCGUCACUGCGACAGUUGAGAGGCUGGUCACCAAAUGCACUUCAUCCUCGUCGUCAGCAAAGAACUCGACUACAAAGACCGCUGAUAGCGACACCACCCGUUCAAUCUCGGACAAGAAGCAAGCAAAGGCGACGAGGACUACUUCUUCGGUCAAGCCCACCAGGACCAUAUAUGUAACCUCCAAGGGCUCAUCUACCUCCAUCAUGUGGUCGAUGCUCGUGGCGUGGAUCGGUAUUCAGGUCCUGUUCUUGACAGUCAUGUAG